AUGGAUCAACACACUUUCCGCCGUCGAGGUCUCGGUCUCCGCGGUGUCGACGACCGUGUCUCCCCAGGCUACGUGCUAUACGCACCCUUGACCUCCAACACAGCCCACCUGAUCUCAACAACAGGAACAGAAGUCCAUCGCUGGACCCUCCCUCACCGCGCAGGUCGUCAUGCCCGCAUCCUCCCAGACGGCAAUCUAGCCUACAACGCCGCGCACCCAGACGCACCCGCCUUAUUCCCAAUGUGGGCCAAGUACCGGGGCGGCCUGAUGAUGCAAGUCAGUCCAGGAGGAGAGAUAUUGCGCCAAUUCUCCGAUCCCCUGGCCCACCAUGACCAGAACCAUCUCGACGACGGAACACUGCUAUACACAACGCUCGAACCACUCAGUGCCGAAGAAGCAGCGCGAGUACAAGGCGGCAUCCCAGGCAGUGAAGCAAACGGUGUCGUCUACGGCGACUGUAUCAAGCUAGUCGAACCUUGGGCGUCUAGCAAUAUCUCUUCUUCGGCUGAUUUCGAGGUCGAGGGGGGUGCUAAGCUGCUUUGGUCGUGGAGGGCAAUUGAUCAUCUUGAUCCGGCUGCUUUUGCUGCUCAUCCUCAUUAUCCGCGUGAACAUUGGCCGCUUAUUAAUAGUGUUUCUUUUGAUUCUGAUGGGAAUGUUAUUGCUUCGUCGCGGAAUGCGUCGAGUGUUUUUGUUAUCAGUCGUUUGACUGGGGAAGUGUUGUGGCAUCUUUCUGCGCCGACGGUUAGCCAGCAGCAUUGUGCGCAUCAGAUCAAUGAGAGUGGUGAUAUGUUGAUUUUCGAUAAUGGGGUUUUCCGUCCUGGUGUUUCUGUGCCGUUUUCGAGGGCGAUCAUUGUUUCAAAGGAGAAGGUCGUCAAGUGGGAGUAUAAGGAUCCGUCGACUGGUGGGCUGGGUUUCUUUACACCGUUUAUGGGAUCUGCGCAGAAGUUGCAAGGUGGGAAUUUUUUGCUGUGUGAGGCUGCAGAUGGACGGAUCAUUGAAGUCACCGAGGGUGGUGAGAUUGUGUGGGAAUUUGUGGUACCCCAGCUUGGAGACUAUAAAGCUGUUUUGGGGAGCAAAGAGCUGGAGGAGAUGGAGAGGAUUGGCUUUGAUUACUCGAGUAACGCUAUUUUCAGGGCUUACAAGUACACGCCUGAGGAGGUGCCUUGGUUGAAGGAGGGUUGGUUGUCUAAUUGGCUUUGA